AUGGAUCAUCAUCAUGGUAGUGGUGGUAUAUUUCAAAACCUGUCUAGUUUCCAGUGUUUAACGAGUAGGCGGUUUCACGAUGAUCACCUUAUGGAGGAUGUUGAGAUUUUGACGCGGUUUUACAAGAGGUUGGAAAGUACAUCAGUACAUGAACAUUUGCCGAUUUUGUAUAUUGAAAAAUUAUCAUACAUAUAUAUCCAAUGUGAGAAUGGAAUACUAAUAUUGGCGGUGACUCCCAAGAACUUGAAUGUGAUGCUGGUAAUUGUGUUUUUGAAAAACAUCCAUUUAAUUUUGAUACAUUAUUUGUGCAAAAAAUCGGCAAAUUCCUUGACCAAGGAGGCUAUUCUCGAUAACCUGGUUCUUAUAUCCGAAUUGUUUGACGAGUGUGUGGAUUUUGGCAUAUUGCAAAUCACAGAUUAUAAAUUGCUUGAGGAGUAUAUUAAAGUUGAGCCAAAUAUAGCGAGAUUUGGUGGAGAGAAUGGUCAUCAGUCUCGCAUGAACUCUUGUGAAGAAGACAGUGCAGAAAAAGACGACGAUGAUGAUGAUGAUGAUGGAGUGGAAGAAGAAAAUGGUGAUGGCGGCGUUUUCGGAGUUGGUCUGCACUCUAAAAAGAGCAAGAAGAAUAAGAAAGGUAGACGUAGUAGCAAAAACAUUAAAUCCACACACAAUCAAGCUGUGAAAACGGAUGUUUUAGCUAAAGGAUCCGAUGUUAUAAACAGUUCCAUCCUACGAACAUACUCACUGUCUAUUAACUGGAGACCUAAGGGUAUAUUUUAUGCAAAAAAUGAGAUAUUUGUGGAUAUCAUUGAGAAUUGUGAAUUUGUUUACGAUUUAGGAUCAGAUGUUGUCAAACGAAACGAGGUGUAUGGGGUUUGUUUGGUGAAGUCGUACUUGUCAGGUAUACCGAUUUGUCGCGUUGGAUUUAACGAGAGUUAUAUGACCUCAAUUGAAAAGGACAUAGAAGAAGAAAAGGAGGGGGGGAAGGAGGAGGAGGGGGGGAAGGAGGAGGAGGGGGGGAAGGAGGAGGAGGAGGAGAAGGAGAAAGAGAAGGAUGUUGCCGAAUCUUUGCAAUUAGAUGUAGAUACAUUGCCGCGAAACCAAAUUGUGCCUGAGGAAGCUGACGUAGAUGACACAGAAGAAGAGCUGGUACAUGAUAGUGACAACAAGAAACAGCGGAAACAUAGGUUUCCGAUACGAAAUAUUCAGUUCCAUCAAUGCAUAAAGCUUUCAAAGAUUUAUAGAGAAAAUUUGGUAACAUUUAUUCCUCCCGACGAUAAAUUUAUCUUAAUGACUUAUACCGUUGAGCAGCUAAAGAAUAAGAAGAAAUUGCCGUUAAUACUAAUAAAACCUAUUUUCAAAGUGGUCAGUGCAAAUCUGACCUUACAAAUAAUGUGUACCCUACUGACAAAUUUCCCACGAAGACGUCACUGCAGGGACUUGAUUGUACGAAUUCCUUUGAACCCCUUUUUUUUUGAAGUUGAGUUGGGAAACACCAAUUUGAGAUAUAAGGCGGAAAAUGGUGUUGUUUCUUUGAAAGUGGAUAGUAUGGAAUUGAUAUGGAAGAUCGAGAGUAUCGAUGGUAAACAAACGGUAAGGAUGAUGUGUGAAAUGUCUUUGCAUAGCUGUUCACAAGUAACCCCAACCAGGAUAUCAAACUAUAUUAAUAGAAGAGUUACUAAAGAAGAGUUAAUGGGAACAGGAUUUACAGACAAUAAGAACGACGAUAACGGUAACUAUAGCGACAACGACAACGAUAGCGAUAGCUACAAAUACAACGACAACGACAACGACAACGACACUGAUGCAUUAGACGAAGCUCGAAAUGAGCUUGAUGAUUUCUAUGGAGUAAAUGGUGGCCACCAUCAAAAUACCACAGCCAGACGACUUUUAAUGGAGAAUAUCAAGAGGAACUUUGUUAGUGACGACAUAGCAUUGACAUUCAAAAUACCUAUGUUUACUUAUUCCGGUUUGAAGUUAUCGUAUCUUUCUGUUGAAGAAGAGCAAAUGAAGUACUCAUGCUUUCCAUGGAUAAGAUACCUUACAAAGAGUACAGAUUACAAGGAAAUAGAGUUGCUGCAUGAUACCAAUUAUUUUAACGGUCAAAAUUGUAAUUAUAGAUUUAAAAUUGGCAUCAAUUCCUUUGUAAUUGACUAA